UUUGUGAGCAUUAGCUGAAGGAGAUAGGAGAUAAGCCAGAGCACUUGCAAAAAAUAUCCGAGUGUGAGCAUUAGCUGAAGGAGAUAAACAAGAGUAGUUGCAGAAAAUCAUGCUUAGAAGGAUCUGAUGUGGGAUUUUACCUGAAGAAUAUCGCGUAAUCAAGUUCAACAUUUUAGGGUAUAAAAGAUCAGGCUGAGAGAGUGAGAAGAUAUCAGGAGAUAUAGAAAUGUACCAUCACCACCAGCAUCAAGGAAAGAGCAUCCACUCUUCUUCAAGAAUGGCAAUCCCUCCUGAAAGACAUCUGUUCCUGCAAGGAGGGAAUGGCCCUGGAGAUUCUGGACUUGUCCUCUCGACUGAUGCAAAGCCUAGACUAAAGUGGACACCAGAUCUUCACGAGCGGGUCAUAGAAGCAGUCAAUCAGCUUGGAGGAGCAGACAAGGCCACUCCGAAAACAGUCAUGAAACUUAUGGGAAUUCCUGGACUUACCUUGUACCACCUAAAGAGUCAUCUUCAGAAGUACAGACUCAGCAAGAACCUUCAUGGACAAGCUACUAUUGGGAGCAGCAAAAUUGGUACUGUUGCUGUGGUGGGAGAUAGAAUGCCUGAAGCAAAUGCAACUCACAUUAACAUUAACAAUCUAAGCAUCGGAUCCCAACCAAACAAAAGCUUACAUUUCAGUGAAGCACUACAGAUGCAAAUUGAAGUGCAAAGAAGGCUGCAUGAACAGCUUGAGGUGCAGAGACAUUUACAGCUCCGCAUAGAAGCUCAAGGAAAAUACCUACAGGCAGUGCUAGAGAAAGCCCAGGAAACCCUUGGAAGGCAAAAUUUAGGUACAGUGGGGCUUGAAGCUGCCAAAGUUCAACUCUCUGAACUAGUGUCCAAAGUGUCUACUCAAUGCCUGAAUUCCACAUUUUCAGAGCUAAAUGAUCUGCAGGGUCUAUGCCCACAACAAACACCACCGACCCAGCCCAAUGAUUGUUCAAUGGACAGCUGCCUGACCUCCUGUGAAGGUUCACAAAAGGAGCAAGAAAUACACAACACUGGGAUGGGGUUGAGGCCCUGUAAUAGUAAUGCUUUCGUAGAACCAAAAGAGAUUACUGAAGAACAUGCAUUGCAGCAAACUGAACUCAAGUGGGGUGAAUAUCUGAGAGAAAACAAGAUGUUUCUAACCUCAAUAGGACAUGAGACAGAAAGGAGAACAUUUUCUGCAGAAAGAAGCUGCAGUGAUUUAUCCAUUGGUGUUGGGCUCCAAGGAGAGAAGGGGAAUAUAAGCAGUAGCUUUGCUGAGGGAAGAUUUAAGGGAAUGAGUGAGGAUGAUAGUUUUCAAGACCAGACUAACAAAAGGGACGAUUCAGUUAAAUUUGAGAACGAGAAAAUGUCACCAGGGUAUAGAUUGUCUUACUUCACAACCAAACUGGAUCUGAAUUCCCAUGAAGAAAUUGAUGCAGCUUCAAGCUGCAAACAACUCGACUUGAAUGGUUUCAGCUGGAACUGAGAUGGUUCACUGAGAGCUAAAGGCCAACCGGACGGGUUCAGGGGAUGAUCCCUCACGAGAGGAUGAAAGUCAACAUGAUAACAUUCAGUUUUCUCCUUCACGUCAAGUGGCUUGAAAACAAUCGCUUUAACCUCAGCUGAAUAAGUUGCACCAACAGAUAUAGCUUGCACUAUAAUGUAAAUCAAUCCAGUAGAUGUACUCUUUCUAUCUUAUAUGACAUUAAGAGGUCGUGGACAUGAAGCUCAAAAUGAAAAUACUCGACUUAGCUGUUCAA